CACUCCUAACCUACUAGGGGCGCUCUGUCACGGAACGAAAACAACGGUGGAUUAAACAUGGCGGCGCCCUGCAGCCAUAUAAUGUGAAGAUAACUUAGGUAACAACACUGUUUUUUGUUCAACCUCCUGCUUGGCUAGACCCGGAGGCGACAUGUUUCCCGAGACGGCACGGCGUCUGAAGACCGCGGCUCCGUUGUUUUGUCAGACUAUGACACUCAACGAGCCGCUGCUGUCCUCCGCACAUGGGGCGAGCCGCAGCGCCCAGGCCCGGCGACACCUCAAUGUCAGCUGCUGUCGGACAGCCAAGGUCCCCCCGCGGCCCAAGCCCAGGGUCCGGGUGGAGAUCCCCGGGCUCGAGCUGGUCACGUACGGGGAAAGGAUGCACUUUGUGCCGGGGCUGUCAAAGCCCGUUUACCCCGCCUGGGAGAGGGAGUGCAAGGACCCGAGGUACUACAAGUCUCCCCCGGCUCAGGACAUGCCGCUGUACAAAGAGAAAACAUGCUACGUGUUCAACCAGAGGACUAACGUACUGGAAGGUGUGCGUCAGGCUCUGUGGUUGACCAAAUCCAAGCUUAUCACUGGUCUGCCCCCUCAGCUCCUCUCUCUGGCCCAAAGUCCCGCCAAUCAAAUCCCAGACCAGGAUGAGCACGUGCAGAACGCCAUCAAGCAUGCUCGCUUCUGGGACACGACGGAGCAGCGGCCACGCAAAGCCACAUACUGCUACACUCUGCUGUAUAACCUGCUCCAUCUAUGUGGCCGUCUACAGACCAGUCACCCGGCACUCGGCAAGAGGAUCCUGGCAGAGAAAUACACUCUGGCUGCUUCAUGGAAAAGAGGUGAGGACUUGUUCCAGGUCAGGGGUCAGAAUGGAUUACUGCUGAACAGCAUGACUCCUCUGCCACAGCUCGCUGGAGGAAAUGAAGUGGCCGGCACGGCGGAUCACAUCCUGGAGACUUUCUACCCCGUGUCCCCUGCCAUCGACCUGCAGAAAGUGCAGCUUUACAAGAUGGAGAAUUUCACAGGUUUCAGAGAUGACUACCCCUACCCUCAUGCACACACGCUUUAUUUCACGGAGGCGCAAGAUGGACCCUGUAAGCUUCUCCCAGAACAGCUCAGAGCCAAGAUGAUCAUGUUCGCUUUUGGCAACGCUCUGGCCCGUGCCCACACACUUUAUGGGACCAAGCCUCAGCCUGUAUUAGACCGUCCUAUCACAGUCCAGGCAGUGGGGACCAACGGCAGAGUGUUCCAGUUUGUCGUUUUCCAGCUCAACACCACUGAUCUCUCACACGAUGAGGGCGUCAAGAACCAGGUGUGGGUGGAUGAAGAUGCUAACCUCUAUGAGUUUGCAAAGGUCCGACCGCUCAUCAAGAAGAAACAAGUGCAGGUACCAGCCGGUCUGGCAGGAUACCAGCCUGAAACAUUCAGCAAGUUCCUGGCUCUGUACCUAAACGGAGCUGUUUAAAACCACAUACCUGACUGUGUGUGCACGCGUGUGGACGGACGCUCUCUGUGCAGCCUGUCAUCAGUCAGAGACCUGGAACAGCAUCUUACCUGAAAACUGGAGCUGUGUUCACUGUGGUCUUUUCCUUUGACCUUUCAAGUGAUUCAUGAUCUGGUCCAUAACCUGCGGCAGAGGAGUCAACUCCUUCACGGACUAAAUGAGCUUCUUUGUGUUCACAUAUUGGCUUCUUGCCGCUGUGAUAGGUCACUCAAUAAAACAAAGCUGUUCUAAAUGUA